AUGUUAACAGUCCAACUGUCGUCGAGUACAUCUCAGUUGCGCAGCGCUAGCCGGGGGCGCGCGUGUCCCGUCGAUGAUUUAUCCUCGCCGUCCAAAGCACGACGGCUCAUGCCUGCCAUUCUUCCUAUCAAGAAAUAUUUAUUUAACUGCCUCGGUGGUGUAAUGGCUAGCAUGUACGGCUGCAUAUCCGGAGGUCCUGGGUUCGAGUCCCGGGUCGGGCCAAGUUUAGUUAUUGAGUCUAUCUGUAUAGUAAGUCUCAGUAACAGCCCGGAGUUGGGAAGUUGGCGGUGUUUCACCCCCGUGCCUCGGAGAGCACGUAAAGCCGUCGGUCCUGCACCU